AUGCUCAUCAUUAGUUGGAACGUGGCGGGGUGGUCCUCGACGUCCAAGGCGAUCCGAGAGGACUUUGGGAGCAUUGCAUGUUUUCUGCAGCGCACUCAGGCAGACAUUAUCUGUCUGCAGGAGGUGAAGGGGUCAUGGGCAAAAUUGGAGGCGGAUCCAUCUGGCAUGGGCGCCAGCGACGGCGGAGGGGCGUUGGCCGUCGAUGGGUGGGAAUCCUUCUGGGCCUUCAGCGGCAAAGCGCAGCGUGGCUUCAACGGGGUGGCGACGUUUGUUCGCAAGGGCCUCACAUGGUGGUGUGACUCCCGUCCGUUCACCGAGGAGGAACUGAACGACGAGGGUCGAGUGAUCGUCACCUGCCACAGCGCCUUUGUGGUGGUCAACACGUACGUCGUGAACGGGCGCAACGGGCGGCGCAUGGCGUUUAAGAUGCGGUUCAUGGCGAGUCUAAAAACCCUGCUAAUUCAGCUGAGGGAGCAAACAGGUAAGGCGAUCAUUUUGCUUGGAGACUUAAAUCAAACCUACCGGGCCGAGGACGCGUGCUGGUCGCUGCGGCGACUGAGUUUACCUGCGCUACGAGAACUUGCCCGUGUGUCGCAGGCGGCGGGGGAGGACAAGAAGGAGGCGUGGGCGCAGCAGUUUCCGUGGCUUCCUCUUCCUACCCUGCAACGACUAGAGGCCUUCAUCGCGGAGCAGGCCUCCCUUAUGAUUCUUGCCGAAGAUGCCAAUGCGGGCCUGAGUGGGACGAACAAAGCCGUCAGCGUCGACAGCGGUGCCUUGUUGGAUGUUGUGAAGGACGGCGAUGAGGACGGUGGCAACGGCAGUGUGGGCGGCAAUCUCGCUCUCACCCUUCUCGCGCAGCGAAUACGCCAACGCGAGGAGCAGCGUAAGCGGAGCAGAGGCGCAGGUCCACUAGCCACCUUGGGGGAACUGUGUGACGCAGGCCUCCAAAGUCUCUCCGUGGAUUCCCUGCUGCGCCGCCAACCGUUGACACACAACCGUGAAAUUUUUGCCUUGACACGGUACUGUGGUUUGCCCCCACAUGCCGACGUGAGCGUGCAGUUUAUGAAGGGGCUUCUCGAGGAGCUGCGGCUGUGUGACACCUUUCUUGUAACCUCUCCUCGGGCCACGCAGGAGCGAGGGAGGGAGGAGGAGGCCCAGACGGCAAUGCUGUGCCCCUACACAUGCUGGGAUCAGUCCAGGAAUAGGCGGCAGCGAAAUGAGGGGACUCGCAUUGACUACAUUUUGAUUGAUGAAGCGCUUCUCCCGGCACUGGUUCCGUGUCGCAUGACUGAGAACAAUGCCGGACCCCCCAUGCCCAGCGUGGAUGAGGCAAAAGCGUCCUCGGCAGCAGGAAGUGAGGCGGCGCCCGCCUUCUUUGACGAGUUUGAUGGUCGCUCUGCGAUUCUUGGCGUGCGUCGUGCGACGGCGGCCGGGCUGUACCCGGCCGCCCCUUUCGACGGCUCUGGCUUGCCGCCACUGAACGUGGAGGCAAGGGAGGUGCAGUUCCGUGGCCUCCCGUCUACGGGGCUGUUUGUCACACCGCCGCAGUACAGUGAUCACUGCGGUGUCUGUGCCUGCUUCGACGGCAUUGCACUUGCCGUGCGACCUGGCAAGGUGGAGGAACGGCAUCGCUGCCAGUACAGACCCCCUGUCGGCCUGCAUGCAUUCUUCGUAAAGCGUGCAAGAGGCGGUGACGCGGCCGGGCUGACUGAGGCCGCAACCGCCGUGUCAACAGCCACAGGCGGGGAGGAGGGAACGAAGCCGCAGGUGCGACGCCUCGAAGCGAAACGCGAGGAAGCGGUCCAGGCGAUUGAAAUCUCAGACGACAGUUCCUGA